AAAUAAAGUAACACUUAUACUUUCCAGUGAUACUAUAGCUGAGUACAGCCAUAUAUUCGAUCAACCUCUUGACCAAUUUUGGUUAAUGUGGUGAGACUUUUCCAACAAUGGCGUACUACACCCCGAUCUCCAAUAACACGCAUCCCUUUGGACAAGAGGAGGAAGUGUCCAGGCAGCAGCUCUUUGUUGCCUUCUGUAACCAUCUCCACCUCGGGCAAUGGGAGCUUGUCAGGGCAUGCGCCAGAGGACUACUUGAGUUUGGUAACGUGGGGCAAGGAACCACAGAGCCUGAUGUGAGGAAAGUACUAGAAGCAGUGGUUGAACAUCCAUACGAUUGCAGUUUGGCAUCUGAGAGUCUCCCAUCAGCGUAUCACAUAGCAUGGCUUGCUCAACAAGAACACAGAAACCUUACCACAGACCUAGUGGAGAGACUUCCACACACCCUAAGUGCCUUCAUUGAGUUUAGACUUCUUCUCUACAAUGUAAGAGACUGCACCUCAGCUGCUGUCAUUCAGGAUGUUUAUAAAUUGUAUAUUCAUGUACAAACAAUUCACAAUGCUGACGGGUUAGGUAACCCUCUCCCAAGGAAUCCCCAGGACCUGCUGGUCACAGAGAGACUAAGGACCUUCCUCAAGACAGUCAUCCAGCGUGACGCCCAUCUCGGCAACUCCAUCCUCCAUCAACUCAAGCUGCCUGCCUCCUCAAGGCAUCAUCAGCACAAUCAGAGCCUCCAGCAGGUCUACCUCGACUGUAUCAUGGAAGACGUCUCCAUGCUAAGACAGUUGCGAGGAGACGAUGUGGCCAAAAUCAUCGCCAGAAUCUACAAGGUUCUCUCACUGUUGGACCCCACAGAGAAUAUGAAAGAUCUCCAAGUGGAGCUACUCUUCCUAAAUGUCUUAAAUUUAACACGAGCUCCGUACAACCUCCUCAGAAUCCCGUCCCUCUACUCUUCACUCCUCGGCCGAGACACCCCGUACCUCAUCAAAGAGUUCUGUAGGCUGGAGGGACGAGAGAGAAUAGAGGAGCUGAACGGGGAGCUCAGGAUCUCUAACUCCAAGUUGGAAGUCCUGUCGCAGGAGUUGAGAAUCACCUUGAGGUUGGCUCAGAUGGCGGAUAGAGAGCUUGCCUGGAAGGAGAUGUUCCAUUGUGCACUCUUGCGAGAGAGGCACGUGCUGGCUAACGUAGUGGAUACAAGCUUGUCGUUCAUUCGAGACGGUAUGUACGAUGAGUUGGUAACCCUCCUAUCACCAGAUGAGUUUGCACCACUGAAGCCGCUGGUAUUACUCCUAGGUUGGAACUACGUCUACAGCUGUGACAGUGCCAAUAACCUGUUGGAUGCUCUACAUGAGCCCAGUAAAGCCACCAUUGUGAACGAGCCACUCCUUGACCAAGCUUGCGGCAAACUGACCCACCAGGUGCAGUUGGUGCAAUGGUGUCUGGAGAAAACAAAGCCCUUGCUAGUUGCCAGCGGUGCAGAUCUAGCAUUUGAUCCUAAAGUGAAUGAGAUGUUUCACAGUCUGGAUUCCCGAUCCGUUCUGCACAUGCUGGACCACGCCAUCAACCUCACCCAGCUCGAUACUGCAGAAGUCUUUGACAUCCUGAGCAAGAAACCACAACUUGAAACCAAACCUUCCAAGGAAAGUAAUAAAUCUGGUGGGAAGAGCGUUCAUUUUGAAGAGCCACGAGAGAUGUCCAUCGAACAGGAGAGGGACAUUGCCAUCUACCGUAGCUUCUUGGCCGUUAAGAACUGCAUGACUGCACUCUCAAAUAGCACACAGUGUAAGAAACCAUCGGUAAGCCCUAAGACGAACAAGCAAGGGGUGUCCAGGGAAGGUUUGGCAGCAUCAAAGACUGGUGAUGAAGCACAAGGUAUCGUGGAUGGUACUGCUAGACAGCCUCAACAUGCUGCUACUUCCGCUAGCAAGGACAGUUCAGGUUCGGAUAGUCGGUGUGCGGAUAGCGAACACGUAGACUCAUGGGACAGGAGUGUCGUCCAGCACCUCCAGGAAGCCAGGCACCAGCUCUCUCUCCUGUACCCCUUGACGUACAGAGUGGAGAUCCUUGAGAAUGUCUUCUCUCUGCUCUUUGUACGUAGUGAAGAUGCCUUUGUCGGGAAGGCAGUCAUGUCUGACAGCGGUGGGGAGGAAGGGCUUGUCGACGAGGAGUGGCAGAACAGAAGUGUCAUCAGUAUCGAAAGCAUCACCCCUAAGAAUGAGGAUGCUUCCUUUGAACUAGCAGCACAACCGCGUGUUGUUCAGUCAGCGGGUGACGCUAAGGUUCCAAGACUCAAUCAAGAAGAGACGAUCGUAGAAUCAGCAAGCGCUGGUUUCUUAGAAACAAUGAUGAAUGAAGAAAAGAGAGAUAGGACAAGCUCCGGAUCGAUAGUUGCCAAGAGAUCCAACACCUCAGAGACGCACAGCCAGCACAGCUUUAACAUGGCAGGAGGUGCCAUGAUUGGUUUCGUGGCUGGCGAAGACAUUGUCGAUGCGUUGUUGAGUAUGCUCAAAGAUUGCCUCACCGAUCUCUCUGAGGCUAGGUACUCCCUGGCCGGACCUUCUGCAUCUGUCGGGAUCCUCCAAGAAGCCGGUGGGAGUCUCAUGAAGUAUAUGCACUGCUCUGUAUCGACGUCAUCCAUGGCGCAACGCAUCUCUCAGCUGACGCAGCGAAUCAACGAAGCGUGGUGGCGCUAUCGGCUCGUAUCCCAAGCAACGAACUCUCAGAGCGCAGCGCAACGGUCAUCUGGUGGCAGUAAGAAGCAGGGAGACAGCAGUAGUGAUGAGGGGCUGUACACUUCUGGUUUUCAUAGAGAAAAGGAGGACAGUAAAGAGGAGAAGAAGCAGAGCAAGAAAGUGAAGCAUCGUCACGACAGUCGCAGCCGCAGUGCUUCAGGUCAUAUGAGACGCAGUUCAUCAGGGUUGUAUUACAGAUCACUAUCAGCCAAGUCCAACACUGGCAUGUUGUCAGCAGAGGGCAGUAACAGCAGUGCUAAGCAGCGACGUAAAAGGAGGCAAAGACGUCGGAGGUCAGAUGCCAAACUGUCGUCUAGUGAGCGAGGAGUGGUCGCCCGUAUGCUGUCGUCUCAAGACACACUUCUCAGAAUGUGUUUACAUAGAGGGACCUAUGCACAGGCUCUUCAGGUGGUGAAGAUGUUUGAGCUUGAAGACAAGCCAGAAGUUUCUGAGGUUUACUUUGCCGAACACUGGGAGCACACAGUCAGACGACUGCAAAGCCUCGAUACCAAAGUUUCCAAAAUGACUUCCACUUCAGUAGCAGCAAAGCCCAGACUAUCCUCUUCAUCCUCCAUCGGGAAAAUCGCUGCUUCAGGGACAGCAUCACUGUCUGUUUCGGGUGUUGUGGACGACCUCCUGGCAACGUCGCACCUUCCGUUAUUACCAACGACGCCGCUCGUCAACUCCGAUCCACACGAGAAGCACUCCAGUGUGGCCACGAUGCUGAAGAGCAUCCAGAUGCUGAAUGUUGCGGGGGUUGUGAUCUUCGAUCUAGCAUGCACAGCCUGCAUGUCAUGGAAGGCCAGCACGGACUUACUGGACGUCGCCAAGGGUCGCCUACAGCUCGGACUGCACAGUCUUGGGGAGUAUGACCAAUCGUACAAAGCUCGUUCACCCCCACAGUCGGCCACCAAGUUGGACCCUCUGCAACUCCUGGUGGGCGUCUUGCCCUUUGUGCAUCAGAUCAAUAACUUAAUAGCACCAAUAUCUGCCGACUCGACUGCCCUCAUCCGUCAAGACAUUCUAGAAGAGUUUUAUCAGCGUAGCGCCAGCGAGGCUCUCCUGCAAGCCACAAGGCCAUUAGAUGCUGUCACAUUGCGGGCUCAAAUCAAUACCAUCCUGGAGCACAGGAAGGCAGUGAUGGGGUUCAGUCGGGCUAUCAAGACAGACAGCAAACGCCAGGUGCCGUUUUUUCCCGGAUCGUCCAAUGAGCUGGACGCCAGCUUGAGCUCUGCCAACAAGGGACAAUCCAUGGUGCACCAGGCCAUGAGGUAUCUGUUGCAAACGUUUGAUAAGAGCGGAAACUCAUGUCAAUCUCUGGCAGGUUUGCUGGCCGCUGCAGAUACAGAGCAGAGUAUGGUGUUUAGUAACUACCUGAUGAGUCUGUAUAGCCAUGUCAGUGUGCUGUCGUCGUUACUUGUAGAAGCAAAGGACUGGCAUCCAGGCCAUGAGCAGCCAUUGCAUAGUGGGGGCACGAAGGCUGUCAACCCAUUCUGUGUCCUGGAGGAAAGCCCUACCUACCUUCUCGGCAAACUUAUGUUCCAGAACCAGAUCCCUCCAACAAGGCUUGAAGGUGUUGCCGACCAGCUGAAGCUCAACCUCGUCCAUGUCAUCGUUCGGAGUUGUUGCCCAACCAUCCCAAUGCAGCCCAUCAAGGAGACUAGGCGGCCCAGAUCACACAGCGUCCCUUCCAGACCGUCUGGGCAUGUCAUCCUGAAUGAUCCUGGAGAGGAGACUAGAUGGAUUCAAGAGCCGCGACAUCCUACGGCUGUUGCAGAGGAACUUCUCUCCAGAAUGAUCACGCUGAUGAAAACCCAUGCAACAACCUCCAACUAUAGCAAAGUGUUUGACCUACGGGCCAGCGUGCUAGCCUGCUGCUACCAAGACUUCCUGGCCAUCUCAGAGGCAACCAGGGAGCUGUCCUAUGUUGAUCUGGACCUGCUGGGGACGGCUAAUCAGAAGCUUUGUUUCUUUGUGAAUGUGAUGAACCUCUUGUUGGCCCAUGCCUCCCUCUAUCACAUCUAUCAGCAGCUCAUAUCCAAGGAUGUUAUGCGACAAACUUCUAGUCACAAGAGGCACAGUUCACUGACGGAGAGACUCCAUUUUGAAGAUGAGGUCGCCCUACCAGGCACCAGCAGUAGGCAGAUCAGCGACCGUAUCACGUAUCUAAACAAGAUGGCGUAUUGCAUUGGCCAGCUAGGCACAGUAACUGCCUUUGAGCUUCGUUACACCAUUCUCCGGGCAGGUCUCCAUCCACCAUCUUGUUUCAACAAUCUACUCCAGCACAGAUUACAUGCAUUAAGUCCAAGUGACCCUUGGCAUAAGUAUCUACCACCAGCUGAAACACGUUUGCUUUUCGUCAUCUCAAGUGGAUGCCAAGUAUCACCAAUCCUGGAGGUUAUGAAAUCGGAAGACGUUGAGGGGCAACUGGAAGUUGCAAUGCAGCGAUUCCUGGAGAAUUAUGUCAUAAUAGACGAAGAGAAACUCAAAGUUACAAUACCUAAACAGCUAGACUGGUUCCGUAAGGACUUCACUGGGAAGAGUCUGGGUAUAGACAUUGAGCAGGGUCAUAUCUAUGGUGGACUCCUCAACGUGGUGGCUCCUCAUAUGUCCAAUCACAUGGGAGAGAAACUGGAGAGUUACGUCCUGAGCUGUUCACCUGGGCACAUUCAGCUGGAGGAAAAGACGCCCUUGUCUGGCGGUCCGGCCGACAGACCACUGCUUAACAGAGGCCGCUCCUUCCGAUUCACAGUCAGAAUCGAACCCUAUGAUUUCUCCUAUGGUUACAAGUUUGAUUACCACUCCACGCCUACACUCAGCACCCCUCAGACCCUCAAGCACAAGCGAAGUUCUUCACAGCCGGAGAACCUUCCGAGCGUCGAGCCGCUGAAAAGUCUUCCUCAUCCAACAUUCAGCAUGACUGAGUCUACCAUGGCCUACCUCCACUCCAAGUCUAAACUGGUGGCAUCGCUCGCCGGCCUCAUCAGUGUUGCAGUCGAUGAGAGACCGGAUCGGUUCGCUCUGAAGAAGUCUUUUGAAAGCAGUGGGAGCCUGACCAGUCCCAUGGGGACCCCAAAGAGCCUUGUCUUCGAUGAGGGGGCGUUCGGGGAAGACAGGGAGUACCACGCUACCAAAGCUUCCUCACGAGUAGAGAUGGCUAAAGUCUUGCAGCAUGUGAUGGGAUACUCCACAAUGCAGAGGUAUGUGGAGACCUACCUGAGCAGUGUUGUUGAAACGGCCGAGGCAGUGGAGAGUGAGGCCAAUAGUUACCUACCGGAGAGCCUAAGUGCUGCCAUGACACUGCGUGACGCACACUCCUGCACCCUUGCAAACCAUCACAGUGACCACUAUCAGGCGAUGAUGUCUUACACAUUAAAUUACCUGGUCGCACACUCCAACUGGACAGAAGCCUUGCAGCUUAUUGAGGCUCUGCCCAAGACAGACUCAACCUCUGAUUGGCUGCCUGAUCUGCCAAUCAUUCGAGACUUCAUACUCUGCUGUGCAGCCCAGGCAGACCUUCCUCAGAAAAGCGUGGAUAUUUUGAUUUCGGAAUCCUGGAGGUCCCUCCUCUGCCUUCAAGACAAGGACUUGUGUUCUCGCGUGACCCUUGGUCUGUUACCCCGUCUACCAGUUUCGGUGUGUCUGCAAUUACUGAAUCACUGUGUUGCACAUCCGGCUUCAGGAGCCAGCCUAAGAAAAGCUGUUUGUGACAAGUUGGAGCAAAUGAAGACAUAUAAUAAGAUCACAGAAUAUGCCCAGGUCAAAACCUCGCCGCUGAUUUCUGAAGAUGAGACCGACCCUAUGGCGUUACCGAGUCCCUAUACCCAAUGGCAGAGGGUGGCAACAGACAGUGCAGAGGACCCAAGUGAGGUUCUUGAUGUCAUGUUGAGUGCUGGGGACUUUGAUCUGGCAAAGCGAUGGGCUGUCCUUCACGGCGUGUACCACGCCCUGAAAGAGGCAAUUCAUGAGAAACAUCUGCAGCAUUUAUUGAGAGACGGCAGCAACACUCUUAUUGCAUAUCAGAUUCUAGAGCAUAUCCCCGAUAAGCUGAUGUGUCUCCAAAUCUGCCAGAGUUUACUGGCCGAGGAGGGUCCAGAGGAUCGGAUUAGUCUGGCCAGCACGGUGUUCUUGAUUCAGUUCAUGAUGGAUCAUUUCCUCGACAAGAUAAGCAUGGAGGAGAUGGAGGAGCUACAGGCUUUGAGUCUAGGAGUCAAGGCUUUGCUGUGUUUACCAGAGCCAGAGAGAUCUGAAUGCGAGGAUCUUGUUUCCAAACCGAUGCUUAUACUGGAACAACUACUCAUGAAUACCAAGAUAGAGCAUGCAUCAGCCGUCCUGGACUGUUUGAGACGCGAACUUCAAACCAACAACUUCAGAGGCAGUGAAUUAUCACUACAAUCAUGCGAUGCAUUAGUGGCUAAGUACGCCAAGAAAGCUAUAAAGCUAGUCGUUGCUGUACAGAGCCCACCACAAGAUCUAGAUUGUACGAUACGGCCCGCAUCGAGCCUGAGUGUUACAUCCCCAACUGGGCACAGAAGAAGCCGUGGUAGACUUAGUGUAUCAUCUAUGUUAUCUACAGUGAGCUCUCCAACGUCACCAUCAUCGUCACAAGCUAUACCUGUACCUAGUGAAAGAGGACCCAGCCCCACCCCAUCAGUUCAAAGUGUAUCUCGUGGUCUCUCCCCACGUGGCCAGUCUCCACGUGUUACAUCAUCGUCACGCAGGUCCUCAUUAUCCACUGUGUCGGACGCUGUCUCUAUAACAGGAAGUAUAGCGCCCUCAACCAUCGCUCCCAUCCAAGAAGGGCUACCCACCUCGCCACCGAAAAGAGACAGUUGGGUACCAGACACUAAGGUGACACACUGUAUGGUAUGCAAGGAUGAGAGAUUCAGCAUGUUCAACAGACGUCACCAUUGUCGUCGUUGUGGUCGUGUUGUCUGCUGGCGAUGCUCUCAGCUGAAGGCAGUGGUGGAGGGUUACGGUGACACUCCAGUUAGAGUCUGCGAUCAGUGCUAUCAAGCAUUCAUCAUGCCAAGACCACAGCACGGGAGUUCAUCAUCUCAGAUUCUUGAACAACGCCUCAAAGUCAGGCAACCAGGGAGUCGUAGACAGUCGCCCAGCUGCAGCAGAGGAACAUCGCCCAGUUUCCGAGUCUCCCCUAGCUCAUGGCAACAGCGCACCCCCGUACCUGGAUCCAGUUUAACCAGUGGACACUCUGGAGGAUCGGAAACACUUUAUAUGGAAAUCAUGGAGUGGAAGUUAACAUUGGAUAACGCCAUGAACACGUUCAUCAGAGAAGACUUCUAUUAUGAACAGGCACCAAGUACUUCGGUCUGUCUGUCCAUUCUAGAUCUCCACAGUGAUCCUAGAACCUGCGGUGCCCUCAUACUACAGAUGUGUCGAGACUUGUCCGAGUAUCUGAGGCCGAUCCGACCUGGAGUGCCCAACCCUGAAGUGGACUAUAACCUGAUUAUAAGUAUGAUGAAGACGCUCCUGUUCAACGCUAAACUGAAGUUCAUGACGGAUGGAGACAGCAGUAGCAUUGAACUAUGUGACAGUUACCAAAGCUUCAUUGAUCUACUUAGUCUCUUUGUCAGCAGUAAUAGUGCUGAUAUACCUAGUAUUCAGCAACUGUCCAAUACGGACUUGGCAAGACAAGUGCGAGACCGUUUAGUUCUUGCCGAGCGGCUUUCACUGGCGAGCGAAGUAUCCACCAAGUGUAUGCUGGAUACAUCUGCUGUGUGGUCGGCAUGGGGUAUGAGCUGCCUCAGGGCAGGGGACUACCAGGGAGCCAGGGAAAAAUUUGUCCGGAUUCUCAAGGCACCAAGUGAGAAGAAUUCCAUGUCUCCUGCUUCCAAACUGGUCACUGAUAUCAUUCAACAUCUGGAGACGUCGGCAUCUCAAGCUGAUACUGUUCAAGCGAUCUUGAAUGCCUCAGCAUCUUCGAUCAGAGAUUUCAUCGCAGAACCUCAAAAUGCGUCCUUCUCCUCCAGUGCAGCGUUAGACAACCCAGCACUGCAGGAAUGCCAUCAUUACAUUAACACAUACUGCCCCCAUAUCACUAUGGUUAAUUUUUACCGUAGACACAACAGACUACCUCUUGCUGUAUCCUACAUUCUUAGUCAGCAUUGUUCGAGUGAUGUAUUCCUAGAAGGUUUACUGGUACCCUGUAUAAAGCAUGGUAACCUGCAUGACCUUCAGAGUCAGAUGUUACGUCAAGACCCAACACUGAAUGCAUGGAACCAGUACUUGACGGCCUCCUGCCGAUACCUUAACACACACAGCUUGGCCCAUGUGCUCUACGACGUGCAGCUCUUUAUGAAGGAUUUUGUCCGAGCCUCCAUGACGUGCAUCAAAUUCUACCAGUCCGGAGCUCGAUCCUACUCAGACCUGUUUGACCGUCUCCAGUACCUGACUAAAGCCAAGAUUCACAUGAAAGCUGUAUUCGAAGAGAAGGAAUGGGAAAGUGUUCCCAGACCUCCGAUGGCGACCCCGUCUCCUAAAGCUAGCGCUCCAUCAUGGGGACCAGCCAGUGAUGUUAACAUCAGAUUGAUGAUGUCUGUGUCACAACUUACCAAUCACAUGAACACCAUCACGUUACAGAUCAAGGUGACCAAGUUUCUCCAUGGGAUGCUUUCAUCUGGCAAGACGUCUCUGUCAGGAUCAGCUGCAUUGACAUCACAGGGAGCAUCAGACUCCAUUCCACAGCUUCCGACACUCUUUGGCAACAGUAAGGUCAAGGCUGAAGUUGCUUACAGGGUUGUCUUGGCUGGUUCUUCUGUAAAUGACGGCUUCCAGCUCGCAUUCCAGAUAAUACAGGAUUUCCGUCUCCCAGACACGCUGAUAUACAGCAAAAUCGGCCGCAACCUCGCCACUCAACACAAGUACAAAGACAUCCAGCAGCUGCUUACCAGCGUGCGGGGUACCGGUCUGUCCAAUGACCAAUGCUGUGAUGAGAUUCUAGAUGCUUGCGUCAGAGUACUGGCCAAUGAUGGUGGCCAGGCCAAGGAGGUCGAGGGACUGAUCAAACUGAUUAAGAGCGACACCAAUAAGAUUAAUGCUUUGAUGCUCUGCGGUAAACUAAAGUCGGCUUACCUCAUAGCUGUGAAGGCAGAACGGGUGGAAGACGUUGAACGUAUCCUCCAUGUUGCACAACGUGCAGGCCCUUCUCAGGCACAGAUGAGAACCAUCUGUGAGACCUGGCUAGCUUCCCAACAAGAGAAACGAAAGAGAGAGAUGAAGACUAAGGAGCUUCUCAUGAGGAGCAAGCAAGAGAGAAGGUAGUGAUACUAGGAGAUGAGAACCAUCUGUGAGAUGUGAUUGACUUCUCAUCAAGAAAAAAUGAAAGAGAGGGAUAAAGACGAAUGAGCUUCUUAUGAGGAGCAAGCGAACGAAAAUUUAGUGAUGCUAGAUGGUGAGACCUGGUAGCUGUUCAACUUGUGUGGAGCGAGCAAGAGAGAAGGUAGUGGCGUUAGAGGAAAACAGCCAUCUGUGAGACGUGUCUGGCUUCUCAUCAAGAGAAAUAAAAGAGAGAGAUGAAGACUAAGAAGCUUCUCAUAAUGAGAGCAAGCAAGAGAGAAGAUAGUGGAAGUACAAGAAUCGAAACACUGGUAAGACCUGGCUAGCUUCUCUCUAGAUUUGAUGGAGAGAUGAUGCGGUGCUUAUAUCUUUUAUAUGUAAUAUACAUCUUCUUUAAGGUCCUUAAAGUUGCAGCUAAAUUAAGAACUCUGGGAUUACAAUUGUCAUCUUGACCUUUAGGUUAAUACAGUAAAAGUUAAAGGAAAACUUUUACGCCAGAAAUAAUUCAUUCUAGUAGAGGUCUUGCCCUAGAUGAAGGACCAAGAUAAGUUUAUGAAAUGGCAAUAUUAAAGCAAUGUGGGAGUUGGAUUUGAAAGAUGUUUGGUACAGCAGGUCGAGGCUGUAGACUCCUCAGGGAGCUGAGAAGAUAACAGGAAUGUUAUUUGCCCAAUGACCAGGGCAAUAAUACAAAGCACAUUGAGACAUUUUGGUGAACAUUUGCUAUACAAGAAGUAGUUAUUAUAACGUCAUAAUUCAAAUUCAAAUUCACUUUAUUAUCCACGAUUGGAAAUUCAUUGCUGCCUUUUAUACAUCAGAUUUACAAAAUUUACAUUAAAAUAUUUUUUACAAUAAAACAGUACAAAAAACACUUAAAGCCACAUUGUAUAACAUGUACAAUACAAUGGUUUUUAACAUUUGAUGGAAAAUUACUAAUAUCGACUACGAAGGAAACAUCUUUUAUACAUUCAUGUAAAUUUUAACAUUCCAACAGCUCUCACUGCCAACAUAAAUUUAUAACUAGUUAAAGAAAAGAAGUCUUGGUCCUUUUUGCAUAGUGGUUACCUCAAUCCUCUCCUCAACUCACUCCUAUGUCACUCCAUACCAAAUUGUUCAGACUUGGAUAAGAUUUGGGUGCCUGACUAUUCUUAUUUGAGCCUGCAGCCGUCAGCCCUUCUGAAUCCUUCAGUUUUGAUUUUUCAAAAGGAUACAUGUACAGGGUUUAGGAGGGCGAGGCAUUUGAAAGAUCUAGAAAGGUUGAUCCAAAGGGAUUGAUUUGGUUUCUUAAAAAGAAAUUUGCCAAAGAACAUGAAUAAAUUUAGUCUUUUUCCCCUUUUUUUUUUGUAUUAAGUGCAAUAAUUCUGGGCAUUUUUUGUAAACAGAAAAAACAAAAAAAUAUUUUUAAUAAUUAAAAUAUCUGAUUAGUUAAUUGGAGAAUGCUAUUA